AAUGGUGAGUGUGUCUAUGUAAUCGAGCUGAGUCUGCAACCUGGCAGCAAUGCAAGCUCACCUUUACCUCUCCUCCUCUCCUCUGCAACACCCACCACCAUCUUUCUUCGUCUUCUUCUUCUUCCUUUCCCAUUCCCAGCUCUAAUUAACCCCCCAAAAUCCCCCCAUUAUUUACAAAGCCACCCCUCUCUUUCACAUUCACAGAGAUCUAGCCUCUUCUCCCUGUACCUCUCGCAAUCGCGUCGCAAGGCGACAAAGAUUCUUCGACAUGUCGCCCAAGCUGCCAUCAAUUUAAGGUUCUCUCCUCUCAAUCUCGAAAGACAGGAAGAGAGUGUUAGAGAGAGGAACAGAGGAGUACCGAGGUUGGAGUUCAGGUUGCGAAAAUGAAAGGCACCCAGAACAACAAAGAUUCGGGCGAGAAAGUGAUCUGGGAUCAGAUGCGGAGCUCCACAGGGAACCCUUUACCUGGUCCUGGCUCUCAAUCCCCACGCGCCACUCCUAAACUCCUCGUCUGGCUCAUCCUCUUCGUCUCCGUCACUUACAUCGUCUACACCCUCAAGCUCGUCUCCAACUCACGCGCCGCCUGCUCCGACCUCGACGACCCCUUCUCCACCCCUCGCCACCUCGCCACCACCUCCUCAUUACUCACCACCAACGUCACGGAUGAUCGGACGGUCCAGACUGUCCACCGGGAACCGGAACAAACCAGCGUCAAGCACAUAGUCUUCGGCAUUGCCGCGUCGGCGAAGCUCUGGUCGCAGAGGAAGAACUACAUAAAGCUCUGGUACAAGCCGGACACCAUGCGCGGCAUAGUGUGGCUGGACCGCGCCGUAGCGAAUCAAACCCGCGAGGGCCUCCCGCCGAUCAAGAUCUCCGGCGACACGUCCGAGUUUGGCUACUCCAACAAGCAAGGCCACCGCUCCGCCAUCCGGAUCUCCCGGAUCGUCUCCGAAACGCUGCGUUUAGGCCUGAAAGACGUCCGGUGGUUCGUCAUGGGCGACGACGACACCGUCUUCAUCACCGACAACCUCGUCCGCGUGCUUCGAAAAUACGACCACACGCAGUACUACUACAUUGGUUCUCUUUCGGAGUCACACUUGCAGAACAUCUUCUUCUCGUACGGCAUGGCGUACGGCGGCGGCGGUUUCGCUAUAAGCUACCCUCUGGCGAAGGCCCUGAGUAAAAUGCAAGACAGGUGUAUACAACGUUAUCCCGGUUUGUACGGCUCCGAUGAUAGAAUGCAAGCUUGCAUGGCCGAACUCGGUGUUCCGCUCACUAAAGAACUCGGCUUUCACCAGUAUGAUGUGUAUGGGAACCUAUUCGGGCUCCUUGCAGCGCACCCGGUAGCACCCUUGGUGACAAUGCAUCAUCUUGAUGUGGUUGAGCCCAUCUUCCCCAAUGUGACCCGAGUUCAAGCCCUUCAGCGGCUUAUGGUCCCAGUGAAGCUGGACUCGGCAGGAAUUAUGCAACAAUCCAUCUGCUAUGACAAGUCAAGGAGCUGGACCAUUUCCGUUUCAUGGGGCUUUGCUGUCCAAAUUUUUCGAGGAGUUUUUUCACCCCGGGAGAUGGAAAUGCCUUCCCGGACAUUUUUGAACUGGUACAGAAGAGCAGAUUAUACAGCCUAUGCAUUCAACACUCGUCCAGUUAGCCGAAACCCUUGCCAGAAACCUUUUGUGUUUUACUUGUCAAAGGUAAAAUUCAAUUCUACUAUGAAUACGACAUUCAGCGAGUAUGUCCAGCAUCGUGUCCCUCAUCCCUUGUGCAAGUGGAAGAUGGCUGAUCCUGCUGCAUUUGAGAAAGUGGAGGUCUAUAAGAAGCCUGACCCUCAGCUAUGGAAUAGAUCUCCGAGGAGAAAUUGCUGCAGGGUCAGAAACUCGAAGAAGAAAGGAACCAUGGUUAUAGAUGUUGGUUUAUGUAAAGAGGGUGAGAUCAGUGAAAUAGCAACAACAGUUUGAUCAAUUUAGGAAUGGAAGCAGGCUUCUUUCUUUUCAUAAUCCCCUAUUCCUCUUUGCUUCUUCUUUCCCUCCCUUAAUUGAUUCUUAGGCCAUAUCUCUUAAUUUAUUCACUCCACAUUCAAAAUUUUGGUCCUUAGAAAAAAAAAAUUGAAAAUGUUGAUGUACAAAAGUUGUAGGGUAGUAGACAUUUCAUAGUUGUCUGAGGAGUUAAAUUAUUCAUUUAUAAGAUUUCCCCCAACAAGAAAUCUUUGCUUUUGGUAAAGACUGAUGGUGCUAAUGUAUCUAUAUUUGGCCAUUACGCUUAUUUUGGAACUUACUCUAGUCCUAUUCAGAAGUUCUAUCUC